UUUUACUUCCGGGUUCCAGCGUCCGUCACUGGGAAAGUCGACAUGUUCCCUUAGGGAGUGGGGCGCCUCGGGGUCCGUGCCUUCUUUUGACCCUCUGGGGGCAGGGACGACGCUUGGCUGACCAGCGCCGAGGAGCCUGCGGGCUCCAGACCCGGACAGCCCGGACAGCGUCCCUCCCGCCGGCGCGUCGCGGCCGCCCCGCGACGCCCGGGCGGCGCUCCUGACAGGGGCGGAGAAGCAGAACGGGCUACGACGUGGAGAGUCCCGCGCGCAGCUGACGAGCCUUUGCUGACGCGGGCCGCGUGGAAACCGGGAGGAGGGGAGUCCCGGCCAGGGGCGGCGGACGGCUCCCCAGCCGAGAAGGCGGCCCGAGCCCUGCUCGGUCUCAGGGUCCGACGGGAUCUGCCACGCGUGGCCGGGAGGGGAGGCAACGCGCGUGGAGGCGCGGACAGCAUCUCAGCAUGAGGAGGAAACUGAACUCUGAAGUCAGGUCCGCCAGGGCGGCGGCGGCGCAGAGAACAGUUUCCCCAACAGACUGCAUUGCCACUGGUGGAUUUUUGUUAAUCUGAAUAGUGAAAAGUGAACUUGACAAUAAAACUCGGAAACUGGUCUUUGGAGAGGAGUAGGACUGCAACUACUCUUUCCGUUUUUUCAUCAUAAUUGGUUUAUUCAGAUGUUUCUUCCAUUUAGACCAAUCAUUUAUGACAUUAACAGAGAACAGGAGUAUGUCAAGAAUUCUGGGGGUAUACUUGCUGAAAAUGAAUUAAGACCACCCUCCCAGCUGCAUCCCCUCUUAGAGAAGACUGAGACAGGGUUCAUAUCAGAAAAGAUUUUUGAAACAGUAUCCUUGAGUUCAGACUCUCUCUUCCAGAGGACAGUUUCAAUUCUCCAUACUUCUUACUUGGACUCUGCAUCUGAGCAUGGUUUUCAGUACAGUGAAGUGACUUUGGUGAAAAAUGACAUUUUCUUAAAUGAGUACAAAGCUUUUUACCAAGAAAAAAAAGCAAGUAACUAUACUCACGAAGAACUUCAAGAAACUUACGGGUUUCUUCUGUUUGAAACUGAAAAUCAGGCGAAGUUGGUAUGUCAGCAUGGACUCUGUGUGGGCAGCAGUGCUAUCACCACUCUGGGAGACCCAGCGAAAGGUGUGUACAUUUCCAAAUACUCAGACUAUCUUCACGCAAGACCUUGGUAUCAUGGGAAGUCUGGUUAUGUUGUAAUUUUUAAUCUAAUUAAGGGAAAAGUCAAGUUUGUGUCUGAGAAUUAUACAGCUAACUAUACUAGCCCAUCUUCUGGCUAUGAUUGCCAUGUGGCUGCAAAUAUUAACAAGAUUUCUCACAAGACAAGUCAUUUUCGCACCUUUGAACUGAGUCAGUAUUACCUCUAUGAACUUUCAGGCAGCACUGUUACUGAGCGACCCAGACAGAUCUGUCCUUACCUGAUUGUAGCUUUUCAGUACAGGGAACCUAAAAAGAUGGCAGCACCAGCCCAUGAUCAUAAAAGCAUACUUGAACUCAAAGAAAAUGUUCUCAUCUCUCCAUGGAAAGGGAAAUUAAUUAUACAAGGCUGUCUGCUGUGCGAUAUAGCUCUUUGGUCUUCCUAUGGUACAGUGGUUCCAAAACAACUACCACAUGAACUAGAUUUUAAGUAUGUAAUGAAAGUGUCAUCUUUGAAAGAGAGACUACCAGAAGCUGCUUUUAAAAAACAGAAUUACAUGGAGCACAAAGGUCUGUUCAGAUGUCAUGUCUGUUGCCAAGACAUGUGCUUCAGUAUGUAUGAGGUGGAACUCUCAAACAAACAGGGGGAGAAAGUAGAUAAACUAAUAGAAUACAUUAAAAGGGAACAGUUGGCAAUCAUCAAAUGCUUAGAAGAUCGAGAAUUUUUCAUUUUACUUACGUCAUCAGCCUUAAUGUCUGAAACAGGUUUUAGAGAGGAGCAGACAGGUCUACACGGGUUACAUUUAUUCCACUCACCUCCGUCAGCAGCAGGUCUGACAGACUUGAAAGUUGAAGACGACAUCUCAUUGAAGGUGGUGCCUGUUUUGCCUGCCCUCAAUUGUGCCCUGCUAGAAGCAAAGAAAUCAUUUUCUGAAAAAGGAAUCUCUCUAAACACAUUAGUAAAGCAUAAUUUCCAAGACUUGUCCAAGGUGAACAAAAGCCCUCCAGUGACUGCUGCUUCCCAGGACGGAUUUAAAGAAACUGGCUUCUCUGGCCAAGUGUCCAGUGGUUUUGACUUGACUCCUCCAGCUGAAAAGUGCCCUUUACAGUCUUUAACUCAGCUGAAGUCUUACUUUUCAGAUGCGAGCGGGUACAUUUUGGGAGUGUCUACUGUGUUAGGUCUAUUGGCAGAGCGUCCUCAGUCUCCUUGUAUUUCAGAUGGGAUAUGCGAUGCAGGCUUUUCUUUAGUGAUGACUCCAGAUCCUGAAUUUCGCGACUCAGAGGCAGAAGGAAGAAAAGAUACAGAAACUGGAAAUAACUCUGAAGAUGUGUUUCAAGCAAGACAGGGAGCUCUGGUCCCACUGAGCCUAGCGCCAAAUCUGAGAGUGCAGCCCAAGAGAAAGGCAAGCACGCUGCCCAUGGUACAGAGUAAAAGGGUGAGCUUGUACCGACCCUUCCCCAAAAGGACUCCUGCUGGAGAAAGCAAGGGUCCCGCCUCUACCACAACUCUCAAGCUAGUCAAAGGACAGUUUCCUCAGAGGAGAAAAAGAGGUGCUGAGGUGCUGACUGCACAGUUUGUACAGAUAACCAAACUGGAUAGGAAACCCCAAGAAGCUCCUAGUUCUAAAGAUGUUCCAGUGGCAACGAAUGCUAAAAGGGCAAGGAGACGAGCGGCCUCUCCAGACACACCUGUUCCAACCGCUAAGCCACCCAUGAAGAGAUCUCCACAAAAACAGAGGGUAAAUAUAGUAAAAGGCAAUCAGAAUCCAAGACUCAGAAAACAGCCACAACCUGCCAAAGGAGAAACUGCUUUACAGCUUCAAUCAGAAAUUUCCAGUGGUCAAGAUGUUAUUAGUAUAAAUACAGCCCAACCAGAACAUGUCACGGUGGCCCCAAAAGCCCCGACUGAAACUUCCGUUGUCGGCUGUGACUCGCAGGCCCUUAACAUGCUGGCCGACCUGGCUCUGAGUGCUGCUACCUCCAGCACACCAUCCCCCGAGCCCAGAAACCUCCCCUGCUCCCUGGAGCCGCCGCAAAACAGUGUUCCACUUUCUAAAGAACAGCCUUUGUGUGGGACAUCAGACCACGAAUACCACAGAGGAGUUAAAAGUCAAAGAGGUGGGCCGUUACCCAAGCCAUCCUCUGACCAGAGUAGUCCAUCAUCAGACCCCACAGUCAGCCCAGAGGAAGAGAGCAUGGGUCCUGGCAGUUGGGCCCCUGCAGAAGCCCAGCCAGCACUUCCCAAGGAGACCCACGAGAGUUCCGAUGCAAGCCAGAGCUCUUUUGUGGCUGCGGAGCAUUCCUACGCCCUGCUCCUCGCGGAACACUCAAAGAGGGGGAGCCCAGGCCUGGCCUUUGCCAAGAGCAGCACCAAAGGCUCUGACAUCGGGACCCCUGUGGGGAAGGUGAUACCCUUCCUGCGCCAGAACUUGACGUCCCCGCUACAGAAGCUGUCCAUGGCCCUGGCCUUCAGGCACAGGGCCAGGUUGCUGUCCACUGGCCCGCAUGACUUCCGCUGCUCCUCACACACCGUGUUCUGCUGUGACGGCUCCUUUAAGGUCAUGUUCACAUGCGAAGCAGAUUACUCUUUCAGCUUAGACAGCAAGUACACCAACAACCCGCUGGAGAAGACUGUGGUCAGAGCACUGCAUGGGCCCUGGAAUACUGAUUUACCGGAUAACGUGGAAGAGGUGAAGCUUCUGCUGCAUAUGUGGGUGGCUCUGUUUUAUAGCAGACAGAACAAAGUUGUGCGGUCGUCCCGGAAAGUCGUAGAACACAGCAACCCAGCAAAAUACGUGUCCAUAAAUAGCACACUAGAGUCAUUUGAGUUUGGUGAAAUCGAGGAGCCCUCCGGAGUAGAGAGGUACUCCGUAGACCCUCUGCUGGAGGCCAGUGAGGCUCCCAGAGCCCAUGCAGCUGAGGUGUCCUGCCCUGGCGCCGACCCCCUGCGUCCUUUCACAAAGUCUCCUCCUGUGAGAGGCCUGGAGCUCUGGGUACAGAAUGAACAGAAAGAAAUGUUUGCAACAGUGGGUCACCAGGAAAGCCCAGAAAGCCAGAAUUUCAUCUGUUAUAAUAAUGAGAUAAUUAGGGGGAAAGCUGAACAAGAGUCAUCAGGUAAACUGGAGACUUCUGAUCUUGUGCUUCCUAGCAUUGGAAGAACUCAAGCUAAUGGACCUUCUAUUCCUGGUGAAGAUGAAACCUUUGAGCCUCUUGAUAACACACAAGUGACCUCUUAUAAUGAUACUGCCCCACAAACCACAUUUGCCAAGACUUAUGAUGAGAUCAACAGUCCAUCAAUGAUUUGCCAGAAGUCUGUGUACAGCACCCUUGAGAGCAAAGUUGAUAUUUUUCAUGCACAAAAGGAAACAGAAGCAGAUGCUCUGCAGGGCCUUACCCAGUGUAGCAGCCCCAUAAACAAAGAAUGUCAGCCAUUGUUGGAGGGGAAGGGUGAUACGGGGUACGUGAUGAUUAAUCUGGAACCAGUUACACUCACUUUGGAAAAAAGUGCCUACAUGCCAGUACAGACAGAAGCUGUCAACAGAGCUGACAAACCUUCAGCCUUUAACAUGGAGUUGACUAAACAGGUGUCACCUGCUGCAAGUCUUAGACAUCCUGUAUCCACAUUUGAAAAGUCACAGAUGCAGGGCCUUGGGGAAGACCCCUCGCUGGCAGUGUCAGGACAAAAGGGCACUCAGUACCUCCAUGCCUCCUCAGUGCAUAGAGAGACACUUGCUGAAGAAACAUAUUCCUUACAGAAGGGACAGGCUGUGACAGGCUCACCUUCACCAUCUGAUAAUCCCAUGGUAAUAGAAGCAUUACCAUUGGCUAAAAGUUCAAAUUACUUGUUACCCAGAGAAGAAAUGAAACUCUCUCAAGAAUUCCUUCUCCCAACACAGAAUCUCUUGAGCAUCUCUUCGGAAGAAAUAAUAGAGCCGUCCCAGGUGGAAGUAGUCCCAUCGUCAGCCUCUGCCCCCUUGGGAAAAAAGGAUUCCCUUGACUGCAUCGCAUCAGUAAGGAAUACUCUGUGUGGCUCUUCAGAACUAAAGAAGGACAAGAGUGGUCUGAACAGUGAAAAUAUUAGUUUUCAAUCAUUUAAUUCCACAUUUACCAAAGAAGCAGGCCUGUCUGUGAAUAGAGAGGAGGUCAGCCUCAAGGUAUCAGAGGAGGAUUCCAACCUUGACCUCACUCUCACCCUAUCACCACCCAUGAGUCUUAGGGAAGAAGCGCCCACUGGUGAAGUGGAGCAACCGCAGGAGGCCCCGCUUCCCUGCGUAGACCUUCAGGAGAUGGCAGAGGAAAUACUCAUGUCCAAAGAGGUUCCUUUCGUAGAAAACAGAGACAUGAACUCUGCUGCUAACACGUCUGUGAAACCAGCAGAAAACAAAGAGGGAAAAAGUGAUCAUUUACAGACAGUGGCUUUCAUACUUUCUAAAGAAACGUGUACCCUGCAGGUUGCGGAGGAAGUUCACCUUGCCUCUGACUUCCCAUUCGGUUCCUUGAUUGAAGAAGUGUCACCUGCUUCCAGCCCUGGCCCCCAGGCACCAGUGGAAGAAGCACCACCAGCUCAGGCCACAUCUCCACGUGGUCUGAAACACUGUGACGCACUUGGUGAGAAAAGCACCAGGCUCUGUGAGGUUGAGUCAGGAGAUUUGGCCAAAACAGAAAAGGAAAGUUCUCUUGUUACUGCCACCCAUCCAGUGGAACAAGAUAAUUCAGCUCAGGUACAGCAGAUGCAGCUUUCUGCUGAAACACCUCUACAAUUACAGAACCACGCAGGAAGAAAAGGUAGAUUCUUAAUCCUUCCUGGUGACAUCACUGAGGAAACUGGCCCAAGUAAAUGUGGGGAGGGCUUCUCUCUCUCAGGAAAGGGGCCAGAUUGCGAUGCCACGGUAACCCAGCCUGCCUGCGGUGUCACGUACGGAGAUUCUCUUGAAAACCUGGUAUCAUCAGGAUACCCACUGCAGCCCACGGGUGUGGAGACCUGCAGCCCCCACUCACAUCAUCGUGUCCUGGAGACCAGUGAGCCUUUCAGUCCUGCAGAGAUCCCUGAAAACAAGUCUUCUGCUGACAUGUUUGUUUCUACAGCCACACCAGGUGCUGUGGUGACCAGCACUCAGAGCCUUCCUGAAGAUGUUUUGAGCAGUAAUGUGAAAACACAGGAAUGCUGUUACAUCCUGGUUAAGUCCUUGCGCUCCGACCCAGUUGCUGGAGCUGAGGGUGUGCAGACCCACGGGCAGCCAGAGCUCCCCAAGCCUGCACUCCCCUCAGGCAGGGCUACCACAGCAAACAGCACAGGCCCCAGCGACACAGGGACAGGGUUCCCGACACAGGAAGUCCCGGUUGUCAGAAUGACCCACCUGCUCGACAGUGAGGAUAGUGGAGCCGAGUUACAGGGAAGAGCCGUGGAUCCAGGACGUGCUGGCCCCCAGCUGCUCACCACCUCUCCACAAGGCAGACAUGAGUCAGCCUGUCUGCUGCAGGAGGGGUCGCCGUGUGCAGUAUGGGAUCUGCUCCAUGGCGGACUUCUCCCCACGUACCUGCAGGCUGAUGCUCACCCAGGUACUGCAGCCCACGGCGAGAGUGCCAGUCCAGAGCCCUCUGUGUCCUUUGCUCCCCGAUCUGGUGCACCUCCUGUUGGUGGGGUCUCUGAAGAGCAGCUGCAAGGUGUGAGUGCGGGCGAAGCAGGCACAGGCGGAGGCAUGGGUGUGGGCGUGACCUCUGACAUCUACUAUGAACCCCUUUCUGGAGACUCAGAUCAGGACUCUCUGGGUGAGUGUGGACACCCCAGAUACAACACAGAAGAGUCCCGUGCUUCACAAUAUGGCCACACCGGGAAAAGAGAAGGUGCAUCCAAAGAUGGUUACGAUGCUUUCCUGAGCCUGAACACCAGUGAUGACCAUGACUGGGGCUACGCGAGCCAGGUUCCAGGGCUGGAGACCAGCGUUCCUCCCAGAAGUUGGCUGGGUGGACUGAAGAAGGAAGCUACGUGUGUGCCCUGUUACGUCCAAAUCCGAGAUGUCUGUGGGGUCCCCAGGAGCUACGCCAACUUCACAGUGACCAGAGAGCUCAGAGACACACCAAGAACCCUGCACGGCUUGAGGCGGCGCCCCAGCAGCACGGUCCCAUGUGGCUUGCUCAGCUCCUGGGUGGACACCUGGCAGGGAACAGAUGACCUCACCCAGAACACUUUAGACCUGGAGCACCUGCGUUUUGCACACAAACUGAAACAAAUUGUGAAGAUGGGAGCCGCUCGGCAUUCUGCCCUUUCGCCCGGUGCCUUUCCAAAGGAGCCUCCACCCCAGGUCACCACCGGGGCUUUUCCUGGGACCCCAAUGCCCACAUGCCCGGGGCUGCCUGCCACCUCCCGAAGCAGGAGUCCUCUUGUGGUGACAGUCGUGCAUCAGAUGCCCAACCAUGUGGACCGCUCCUCCUCCUGGAAGAAGGGGUGUGGCCAUGGUAGAAAUCACCUCACAAACUCAGACCAGAAUCAGACCGCCUCCUUCCACCUCCACAAGCUGAAAUACAACAGUACAUUGAAAGACUCGCGCAACGACAUUGCUGUCAUUCUCAGUGAGUAUGCCGAGUUCAACAAGGUGAUGCUGAGCAGCCGCCAGUUGGUCCAGGACACGGAGCCACCUGUGGCUUUGGGAGCGGCCAUGCCCAGUGAACUGUGUGUCUGCAGCCCACAGCCCGCCUCCUACGAGGACCUGGUGGCCGACCUGUGCUCCAGCCUGCGCGUUAAGCUGGAGCGAGUGGUCAGGGAGGCGUGUUCCAGCACCUUCCUCUUCCACCUCGUAGAGACUGAAGACAAGUCCUUCUUUGUAAGAACAAAGAAUAUCCUGAGGAAAGGAGGCCACACAGAAAUCGAACCUCAGCAUUUCUGUCAAGUAUUUCACAGAGAGAAAGGUGCACUCUUAGUCAUCAUCAGAAAUGAAGAUAUAGCAUCCCACCUGCAUCAGAUCCCUUCUCUGCUGAAGCUGAAGCACUUUCCCAGGGUCGUCUUUGCUGGAGUUGACAGCCCUGAAGACGUCCUCAAUGACACCUACCAAGAGCUUUUUCAGACAGGAGGCUUUGUGGUAUCAGAUGACAAACUACUAGAGACUUUAACAUUAGUUCAACUGAAGGAAAUUGUCAAAAUCCUAGAGAAACUAAAUGGAAAUGGAAGAUGGAAGUGGUUGCUUCACUACAGGGAAAAUAAAAAGCUAAAGGAAGAUGUGAGAGUGGAUUCAAUUGCACAUAAAAAGAACUUAAUAUUGAAAUCGUAUCAGAGUGCAAACAUCAUUGAGCUGCUUCACUAUCACCAGUGUGACUCUCGACCAUCAACCAAAACUGAGCAUCUGAAAUGUCUGGUGAACCUGCAGGUUCAGCACAUCCACGCCAGGUUUGCCGUCUUCCUGACAGAAAAGCCUGUGGUCUCCAGAGAAGUCUUUGAAAAUAGUGGCAUCCUUGUGACAGAUGUAAAUGACUUUAUUGAAAAUAUACAGAAAGUAGCAGCUCCAUUUCGGAGUAGCUACUGGUAAGAACACUUCCCAAACACUCCCAUGUGACCUGGAAUUGACAGGGGUACAUACCGACAUCUGUGUCUAUGAGAAACCAGUUGCUCAGAAAUUGUUUUGUAUGUUACACAUCAUGCUAUAGAUUUAAAGUGUUUAUUUAGGGGUGGAAUUGCUGCUGGUUUGGCAUAAAGGGGACUUUAUCAAGUAUCAUUAAUGAAUAACUACUUUCUGAAUGAUAAACGUUUUCACUUGCAGAGAGAAGACAAUGUCACCUAGACUCCUGGGUAUUUUCCCCAGUAGAUAUCAUCCUACUUACACAACAGUUCUUGGUUAUUUUGUUUUGAAGACAGAAUUAUCAAUUUUGUACUUAUCCAGGUGGCUCAACUGCAGCUUACCUAGAACAUCGACGAUGCCAACAAUAAAUGAGUAUUUUCCCUUUUCUUUGAAAAUCUUUGAGAUCUCAAAUCAGUGUUUUGCAACCUGGGGAAAUGUUUUCCUUCAUGUUUUACACAUUGCCAGAAUGACUUUGUUCACAGCAGCACUGUACUUAUUCAUUAGCUUUGGACUGCAGUGUUCAAUAUUUUCAUUUUGAACAGAAUGUUUUCAGAGCUAUUAAUUGAACUUAAUAUUAAAAAUAAGAAUUUUACAAGUAUACUGAAUUGUAGCAAAAAGUACACCUAUUUUAACCAGUAGCUCUGUUUUUGCAUGUUAGGGUCAAAAAUGCAUCUGUAAUGCAUGUGACAGUCUGUUUUAAAGGUUUUACCACAUAGAAUCUUAAGUGGUUAUACUUCCUGUUAUUUAUGCUACACUACAUGAAAUUAGUUUUUUCCUAAAUGGUACAAAUUUAUGAACCGUCAUUUUUCACUUACUCAGUUUAUGUAAAUACUGCACUACAAAAUCAGUCCUGAGGAAGAAAUAAUCAUUUAUUUAUGUUAAAAAUAAUUUCUACAAUAAUCUUUAAAACUCAAAACCAAGCAAAAAACAUUUGUAUGAUACAUAGUAUCUAUUUGGAACAAAGAUUUUUGUAACUAAUUUUUUUUUUUAAUAAAGACAACUAAAAAUCAUUCAACUGCUUCUGCAACGACUUUAUGGUAAAAAUUAAAUGUGUUAGGGGAAGAUUUAUAGCGGUUUAAAUUUUUCAGGCCACUUAGCAUAAGCGCUUCCAGAGAAAUGCUCCCACUUACCUCACUGUAGCCUCACUCCUUUGGCCUCAUCCUCACAGACCUGCCUGGUGCUCCCCUAUCCCAGGUGUAGCUGGCCAGAGCAGCAGGGGACAGCUCAGGACCGCGCCCCACCCCCAGGCCUGGCCUUCUUGGGGUCACACUAGGCCUGUCCCUCAGGAAGACAUUUACCUGCUUCAUAUCCUGCCCCUACUGAACCCAACGUGCUAAUAAAUUCACUUGUCUUCCUAGGAGGAGGAAUAGAGUUUACCCUAGCCCUUACUUAGAAAACCAACCAGUUAAUUUUUACCCCAGGAACAAGAACCUAGUAAGAGAACCAUAGCUGAAUUAGGCACCCUGAAUUAAUCAGAAAUCACUACAGAAAAGGAGAGCACGUGGCUGACACACCUGCCACCUGCCCAGCGUGGCACCUGCCCUGCCACCUCCUCUGCUGAAGACGGAGACUGGCCCGCAGGCGCCUGCCAGGCCAUCUGUCCUGUGACUGAGGGCUGAGCCACGCCGAGAGGGUGGGCACACUAGGCUGAGCUGCAGUACAGACUCUGCCCUCGGCAACCCUGUACCCACUGGCCUGGCACCGACAUAUUAUUGUUCAAUAAAUAUGCUGAAAUGCAGAACACGAAGACACGCUGGUGCUCUCUUGUCACUAGGCCAGCAGGCACCUCUGCUGCAUUAACAGUUCGGUGUGAAUUACUGUGUGACAAGGGGGUGGCCUGUGGGAAUUUUAGAUAACUCUCUUUAGAAAGGGCAGAGGUUUCAACUGGGAUGAUCGGGUAUGUCAUCCAGGGAGGUGCAUACCAUGUGCAGGACAAGCCCCCCAAAAGUGGGCAGUAUGAGACUGAUCUAAAGUAACCACCUGGGUAAUAUAAGUUGUUAUUACCCUAAAUCCUUUAACAGAGCAGAGCACCUACCUUAGUCUAUGUCCUUCAGACUCAUCUGUAAGAAUCAACACUCAGACCGAGAGAAUAGUCACAAUGUCCUCAUUCCUCUGAUGUAGUAACAGCAUAAAGUGAGGCUUGAACUAUCCAGGGGAAAGGGGGUACCAUUAAAACUAUGUGCAGCUAUAAUCUGAAAUAAAUGGAAAUAUUAAAGCACCUACUCCACUUGGCAGGGUCCUCUACUCUCUCAUGACAACAGUCUUUCUAAACCACUACUUGGGAUUCCUAGGAGGGUCUAAUAAACAUUGUGUCAGGACGUAAUUCAGGGUCUACUCACAGUGCAGCCUGAUGGUGGUGCUCCACCGUCCACGAGGGGUCUUCAGCGCUCACCCUCACAUCUGAUUCCAGCUCUAGUGAAGGAGAUGAGCAGCUUGUCAGGCCAGUGCAGUACUCACUAGCUCUGAGUUGUCAGGACACAAAAGACGAACAAGAGGGAGCUGGUUUCCAGAGUUUGGCUUUAUUUGCAGUACAGAAAUCAUUUGGAGACAUCACUGGAGCAGAGGUUCUGUCAAAUCAAUACUGUGCUGCAGCUUGGUCCGUUGAAGAAGCCACAUCUGGGAUACAGAAGAAGCUCCUACGUUUACCUGCUUUAUGAUGGGUUUCUUUCCCCUCUGCGCUCAUCAGUUUUAAUAGGUUAAAACACCGCACACAGGCUUCCUCCAAAAGACUAUCCAAGUCUGGAGUUUGGUUAGAACUGGAGGCCCAUGUAAACCAAGCUUGUGGCUGGGCUGGGUGGGCACUGUCCUGACACAUGACGUGAACGGAAAGGGGUGGGGAGGAGUAAAGGACGCUGUCCCAGGUUACAGACAUUCAGUUCUGAACCUCCUCACCGUCAAGAGGACAAGAUGGCACGCAAGCUGCACUGACCCAGCUCUUGAACAGCGGAAGCUCAUAACUGCAAAGGCUACACUGAUUAAAAGAUACAAAUUACUGUAUCAAGUUCUCUGUAUCAGUAUCACAAGGUUUUAAAACUGAUCCUUCAC